UUGUGAACCUUAUUUUUCAAUAAAAAUGCUCAAACAAAACAUCUAUCAACAUUCCAUUUCGUCUUCUUCCAGUGCUCAGCCCGAACAACAGGAAUCAACGCGAUAUGACGUUUUUGAACUUGCAAGCGAGAAUCAGCCUCAGACAAGCCUGCUGUUAAAGUUAACGGACGAAUGUAGUGCUGCCAUAAGGAAUGCUGUCAACUCAAAGUGUCCUGUCAGGAUGCACAUUAAGGACGGAGUAGCUUCUAUUGAAAUACGUGACAGGGAUGGGGCUUGUGUCAACUUCAAAUGUUCAUUCCAAAAUCAGCCGGCGACAGACACGAUAUGCUAUGAUCCUAAACAGAAUGUCUACAGGAAUGUUGGAACGACUACAACGACUAAAAUACAGGUUCAAGCAACCGACAAGACCUUCGCUGAGAUGAAGGAGAAGACUCAACGGCUGGUCGAGGCAGAGCAACAAAGGAAAGCCAAGGAUAUUUCAAAAAUUCAACGGCCUUCAGCAGCUUCCAAAAAGCCAAUACUAAACCAGUCGAGCAACAGCCUUAUCAAGAAAAAUGUGCCAGCGACUUUUGGACAUUCCAACACAAAUAAUAUCCUUGCUAAAUUGAGUGCAUUGAAGAGGCAUUCUCCUUCGCCGUUGAAUGUUGCUGCUGCAAAGGUCAAACGUGUUGAAAAACCAUUAGAAAGGCCGACGCCGUUGCCUUCAAAAGAAGUUAAGAAUAUCAAACAAGAAGAGCCAGCUCCAAAGAGCAUGGAUAUGACAGUCAAAGCUGUUCGUUCUGCCGAAGAUAAUGAACGCCAAAACACGUUGACGCAGUAUCCAAAGAAGAUUGAGUUUGCCGCUGCCAAUAAUGCCAAAAACGAUCCCUUCUAUGUCCCAAAAAGGAAGCCACUUCACCGGCCACCAUCAAUUUCGCCAGCGUCUACAACGACUUCAACACCAAAAACUAUUUCCCCACCGCUUGCCAUGGCUAGACCUGCUUCUGUUGACAGUGCACAAUUGCAGCAUAGUUCCUCUUGCUCUCCGGAAGAUUUAAUUAAUAAUCAAGAGGAAAAUGGUCGUCAACAAGAUGAAGGAUCGAUGACUUUGCCAACUAAACUUUCUUGUGAUUGGUCUCUUAAAUUUGGAAAGAUUGCUAAUAAAGAAGAAGCUAAAAGAUAUCAUGGAAUCUUUAAGGAAGAUUAUCCGGAAUAUCGCAAAUGCUAUGAUUUGAUGGAAAAAGUCGCUGUUGAAUUCCGAGCUCUUCAAACAAAAUUAACUUCUGCUAAAUCAGAUGUUGAUCGUUUUGAGGUUGAAGAUCAAAUUAGAAGCAAAUUUGCUUCUUAUCAAUGCAAUCAAGACUUUCUUCAACAGCGUGUGAGGCACAGUGAUUUGCGUGCAAAAUUGGAUUUGUUAAAAUGCCGUCUGAAGGAAUGGAGCGAUAAAGAGAAGAGUGGAUAUAAGAUGGAGCUUUGAAAGGAGGUUAAAAUAUAAAGAUUAUAUUAGGAAAUUAAAACGGUUCUAUUUUUUGUAAUUUUCCUUCACGUGGUAAUAAUUUCGAAAUCUGUUUUCUUUGGUUUUUAAUGGACAUAGUAUAUAUUCUUUUUCUAAAAUUUUGUUGCUUCGAUGCUUUUUUGUUUUUUCUUUUGUAUCUGUUGCAUAAAUUUGAUCAGAAAAAUUAGUUUAGAAAAGUUGGUUUGAUUUUUGAGUUUUCCUAUAAAUUCUCUAAAAAUUUUUUUUUUGACUUAUCCUUGUUUGGGCGGAUUUAUACCAGCAAAGGUUUUUUUCCUCUGUCCAAAUUUAUGCACUUUCUAUAGUUGUUAUUUAAUUUCUACGCAUAUCUUAAGUUCACAAGCCCAUAGCUUAAAAGUAAAUAUAU